UACUUGUUUACAUUUACAGAAUCGCCUUUUUAUAUAAGUAUGGGCUAUUGUCAUCGCUUAUGCAAGAUUUUGUAUAUCGCAGAUGAAAUCUUCGAUUGAUUUAUGUGGGGCUUGACCUGGACACGUGUCCAGAUGACAUAUAGGUACCUCUGGAAAAAUCGCUGGGAAGUUGCCCUCUUGGUAGUGACAGUAAUUUUCCUCUAUAUUUGGAUAGAUGGUUUCGGAGCAAACAGAUACCCGUACGAUGAUGCAUAUUUUAAACCAUGUUCUUACCCCUGUUAUGGGCAGUCUUGUAUCGGGUGUCGGGACGUGCAACGACUAGUGACUGUUAAAGAUGUCAAUAUUAUUGACCACUUGAAGUUGAGGAAGGCAUUGAGAAGUUCUCUUUCAAAAGCAGGCAAUGUGUCCGAUAGUGCUCAAAUCUGUAAAAGGCCAAACUUUGAUUUGAAUCAUGACAGUGUUAAAUAUGCUUUCUUUAAAAUGGAGAAACUAAAUUGCUCCAAAGAGGAAUUGUUUUAUUUGGAAAAUGAUGUUUUCAAAUUUAAAAAGUUUAAAAUAGAGGAGUCUAGUUUGAAAAAGUGUGUAUAUUAUGGCAUAGAAAGAGCUAAUGAUAAUUUUGCAAGUUACUCUGAACCAUUGACGAAAAAAAUCGCCCCAUAUGAUACAAUCUUGGACUAUGACUUCGUCAGAAUUAAAUGCUACCUUGUUAAACAAGAGGAAAAAGAGAUAAAAGAAAUUGAAAAUGUUGUAGAGGAUCAGGAAAUAAGAAAUGAUGCUAAUAAUGAUUUAAAUGUUGAUAAAAGAACAAACUCUAGUCAUCUUGAAUACAUACAUGUAGAUGAUGCUGCAGGUAAUAAUUUCAAGUUAGAAGACGAAGGUGUUGAUGAUAACGACGUAAUUGAAGAGAGUAACUAUAGUUAUGAUGUACCACCAUUCUAUCAUUAUGAGGGCUUCGGUGAAUUUGAAGAAGCGGAUUUCGAUCAUUUGUUUGCUCGUGUUGUGCCAAAGGCAGAAGUUUUUUCGAGGAUAAAAAAACUGUCUCCAAAAACAGACUUCCAAACUCGGCCUAAUGUUCUUAUGUUUGGUUUGGAUUCAAUGUCCCAUCUCUCAUGGCAAAGAAAGCUUCCCAAAACAUACAGGUAUCUGAAGGAUGUUCUAGGCUCGGUUGUUCUCGAUGGUUACAAUAUCGUUGGCGAUGCCACUACAGCUGCUCUUAUCCCCAUGUUAACUGGAAAGUCGGAAGAUGAGCUACCUGAAGUUAGGAAGAACACGUUUGACAGCUUGUUCGUUGAUGCGUACCCAUUGGCCUGGAAGGACUUCAGAGAGCGGGGUUAUGUGACACUGUUUGCAGAGGAUGAGCCAACGAUUGGAGUGUUUAACCUGCGCCUAAAUGGGUUUCAGGAUCAGCCUACCGACCAUUACAUGCGUUGUUUCUGGCAAGCCUUGUGGGAUACACAGAUGCGUAAAGACAGUCCGAGAUACUGUACUGGGAAUGUACCAAACCAUAUAUACCUACUCAACUAUACAAAGGACUACUUUCGCAAAUAUGAGAAUGUUUCAAAGUUUGCCUUUGUGUUCGGGAGCGAGCUUACCCACUGGGAUAAUAACCCCGGAGAAUAUAUGGACUCAGAUAUUGUUGACAUGCUGGAAUUCUUCAGAAGAAAGGGAUAUUUGGAUAACACUAUUGUGUUAGCUUUUGCAGACCAUGGGGCCAGGUACAGCAGGGUUCGAAAAACUGUGCAGGGUAAAAUGGAAGAAAGACUUCCCUUCAUGUCAAUAGCUGUGCCGAAAUGGUUCCGUGAAAAAUACAAGACAUUGUAUAACAAUCUACUCAGAAACGCUGACAAGCUUGCUACUCCAUUUGAUAUUCACGAAACGUUAAUGCAUAUUCUUCAGUUAGAAUCAUAUAAAUCCUCAAAAACGAGUUUAAAAAACAUUCCACGUGCAAUAAGUUUAUUUGACAAAAUCCCAGCAACAAGGACGUGUGAAGCAGCUCAUAUACAGAUGCAUUGGUGCACGUGUUUGAAGCAACUAGACUUGGAUGUUUCAGAUAAACAUGUUCAGAAGUCAGUAAAUGCUCUAGUUAGAUUUCUCAACAAUCAAACCAAACAUGUACGCACCAUAUGUGAGCCACUGCAGUUUCAGGCCCUCCAUCAUGCCUUCCUUCUCAUACCAAAUGAAAAGGUGUUGAUGUUCCAGAAGUCAUUGGAUGAGGACAACCGGGUUGCCAACUUCUCUUCCCAGGUUAACAUUGACCACGCUCAUUUCCAGGUUACCAUAGAAACAAGUCCCAAUAGAGGCCUAUUUGAGACAACAGUGCAGGUAAACAUGACAGCUGGAACUUACACUGUGAUUGAGUCUGAGAUUAGUCGUUUGGACAGAUACGGCUCCCAACCAGCUUGUGUUCAGGAGAAAUACCCUGACUUGCGAAAGUACUGCUACUGCAAAAACUAUAAAAAUGCAACAGUAGAUCGAGCUUAACUCUGGUUCCCAGUACUACCAGAAUGCAACAGUGAUUGGACCUUUAACUGGUUCCCAAACCGACCACAGUGCAACAGUGGGCAGUAGUUAAAAUAAACUGAUUCCGGAAAGUACCGAAAUGCUGCAUUGGGAGUGGCUUACGCUGGUUCCCUGUUUAGGUCAAGGUCGAUCAUAAAGAAAACCAUAAUAAAACAGUGCAAUAACUUUAUGCUGGCUCCCUGAUAAUACCUCACUUAACAAUUCAUGUGUUUUUCAAUUAGAAUAAAAAUAGAUUAAGUAAUGAAAUGUUGAUUUUAUUAUUUUAAUUAAUACUGUGAGGAAUUGAUUAUUCAUGUACAUGUUUGUAGGGUAUCUUUAUGUACAGCAUUAUACAUGCUUUAGCAGGAAGUUUACAUGUAUUAGAGGUGGCAUUUAAAGAAUCUCAAUUUGUACUCUUCACAUAAUUUCCAAGUGCCCCAAAUAUUGUAUAACUGCUGUAUGUACAUAUUUUUAUGUAGAUGUUUAAAUUAACAUACUUGAGUAUUAAUUUUAAUUUUCUGGUUUCUUUAUAAUUGACAAAAUAUUGAGUUUCAAUAUAAAAGAUUGUUGUUAAAUAUUUGUACGGUGAUUUUUUUUUUUUUGGUAAACUAUUAAUCUAAAAUCCCAACAGGUUAAGAACAUGUUCAUCUUUUUUAAGGGAUUCAUUUAUUUAUUUAUUUUAUUGUAUUAUUAAACUAGUUAACAUCUUACCCUAAAUAAACAAGAUCAGCAUCAUUUUUCUUUAAAAAAAAAAUUGUAUUGAAUUCUCAAUUUAUUUAGAUUUAACAUUUUUGUACCAACUUAUUUAAAUUUAAAUACUGGUAAUACCUUUUGGGGUAAUAUGUAUGAUACCAGGCUACUAGCAGAAUAUAAUUAUGUUGUGUUUAUUUUGUUCAUCUUUUUUGCAGAUGAAACCUUUUUCAUUGGGGCCAAUAUGUUGUAGAUGAUUAUAGAAGUAUUAUAUUUAUACAUACAUUCCAUGUAUUUUAUUUAUGUGUACAUUUUGUACAUUAUUUUAUAUAGUGUUGGUCAUAAUGCAUGUUUCGGGUAUUUUUCCUACGUAGAUUAUGAAUAUUUUAUAAAUGUACAUUUGUGACUAUGCAAAUGCAUUGUUGUUAUUGGCGUUAUGUACAUGUACAUGUCCUUUUUAAGGAAGUGGGUAUAUGUACACAUGUUAAUAGGAGGGUUCAAACUAUUUUAUGAGCUUUACUUCAACUAAUAGUGUAUAAACUAUUCUGUUACAUUGACUUCAACUUGAAGGGGUUUAAACUAUUGUAUUACAAUACAUGACUUCAACUAGAAGCAUACAUGUUUAUACUAUUUUAUUACAUUGAUUUCAACUUGAAUUUGUUUUAACUGUUUUAUUACAUUGACUUCAAUUAGAAGAGUAUAAACUAUUUUGAUACUUUGACCUCAACUAGAAGGAUAUAAACUGCUUUAAUCUCCCAUCCGCGAAAGGGAUAUAGUUAUGGUAGGUGUGCAUGUGUGUGGGCAGUGGAAGGAGGUUGGGGGCUAUCCGGUCCGGAGCAUAAUUUGAAAAGUCUCUUAAAUUUUUUACUUCAAACUUCAUAUACAGAUAGAUCUCAUUGAGUAGAAAUGCAGUGCACAGAAACCAUAACUCUGGCAGCAGUAUGAUUUUAGUUAUUGCCUGUUGUUCAUUUUUAAUCCCCCUCCAUGGAGUCUGUCUGUCUGUCGGUCUGUCCGUAACAUUUUGUGUCCAGGCUAUAACUUACCUUUGAAUUGAUGGAUUACCAUAUUACUUAGUACAAAUGUUGUUCUCAUUAAGACGAUGCGCAGUGACAUUGACCCGGGGCCAUACCUCAAAGGUCAACGUCACACGAGACAUUUAAAGGUCAGAGUACACAUGCUUGUGUCCACUCUAUAACUUACUUAUGCAUUGAUGGAUUACCAUACUAGUAUUACAUGGUACAACUGUUGUCCUCAUUGAGACAAUGUGCAGUGACCUUGACCCGGGUCAUACCUCAAAGGUCAAGGUCAUACGAGACAUUUAAAGGUCAGAGUACAUAUGCUCGUGCCAGCGCUAAAACUUACUUAUGCAUUGAUGGAUUACCAUAUUACUUAGUAUACAUGUUGUCCUCAUUGAGAUGAUGUGCAGUGACCUUGACACGGGUCCACACCGCAAUGGUCAAGGUCACAUGACAUUUAAAGGUCAUAGUACACAUGCUGGUGUCUGCGCUCUAACUUACUUAUGCAUUGGUGGAUUACCAUAUUACUUUGUACACAUGUUGACCUCAUUGAGAUGAUGUGCAGAGACCUUGACACGGGUCUAUACCGCAAUGGUCAAGGUCACAUCUGACAUUUAAAGGUCAUAGUACACAUGCUAGUGUCUGCGCUCUAACUUACUUAAUGCAUUGAUGGAUUACCAUAUUACAUGGUACAAAUGUUGUCUUCAUUGAGACAAUGUGCAGUGACCUUGACACGGGUCCAUACCUCAAAGGUCAAGGUCAUACGAGACAUUUAAAGGUCAGAGUACAUAUGCUCGUGCCAGCGCUAAAACUUACUUAUGCAUUGAUGGAUUACCAUAUUACUUAGUACCAAUGUUGUCCUCAUUGAGAUGAUGUGCAGUGACCUUGACACGGGUCCACACCGCAAUGGUCAAGGUCACAUCUGACAUUUAAAGGUCAUAGUACACAUGCUGGUGUCUGCGCUCUAACUUACUUAUGCAUUGGUGGAUUUCCACAUUACUUGGUACAAAUGUUGACCUCAUAUAAGACGAUGUGCAGUGACCUUGACACGGGUCCAUACCGCAAUGGUCAAGGUCACAUCUGACAUUUAAAGGUCAUAGUACACAUGCUGGUGUCUGCGCUCUAACUUACUUAAUGCAUUGAUGGAUUACCAUAUUACAUGGUACAAAUGUUGUCUUCAUUGAGACAAUGUGCAGUGACCUUGACACGGGUCCAUACCUCAAAGGUCAAGGUCAUACGAGACAUUUAAAGGUCAGAGUACAUAUGCUCGUGCCAGCGCUAAAACUUACUUAUGUAUUGAUGGAUUACCAUAUUACUUAGUACAAAUGUUGUCCUCAUUGAGAUGAUGUGCAGUGACCUUGACACGGGUCCACACCUCAAUGGUCAAGGUCACAUCUGACAUUUAAAGGUCAUAGUACACAUGCUGGUGUCUGCGCUCUAACUUACUUAUGCAUUGGUGGAUUUCCACAUUACUUGGUACAAAUGUUGACCUCAUAUAAGACGAUGUGCAGUGACCUUGACACGGGUCCACACCGCAAUGGUCAAGGUCACAUCUGACAUUUAAAGGUCAUAGUACACAUGCUGGUGUCUGCGCUCUAACUUACUUAUGCAUUGAUGGAUUACCAUAUUACUUAAUACAAAUGUUGUCCUCAUUGAGAUGAUGUGCAGUGACCUUGACACGGGUCCACACCGCAAUGGUCAAGGUCACAUCUGACAUUUAAAGGUCAUAGUACACAUGCUGGUGUCUGCGCUCUAACUUACUUAUGCAUUGAUGGAUUACCAUAUUACUUAAUACAAAUGUUGUCCUCAUUGAGAUGAUGUGCAGUGACCUUGACACGGGUCCAUACCGCAAUGGUCAAGGUCACAUAUGACAUUUAAAGGUUCUACAUUACACACAAUAUGAAUAACUUUAACAAAUAUAUUUUUAUAAUAUGUUCAUAUAUCCAAGAAUAUUUAGGUAGCCGUUCAAACACCUUGUAUUUUGCCAAUCUCCCCACUCUUGACCAGUGGUUGUGUACAAUUUUGGUCAGUUUCAACGUACCAGUCAGGUUGCGAGAAAAACAAAACAUACUAAAAAGCAACGGUGGGGGAUAAAGCCAUCCUUUGGACUGCCUUGUCAUACUUAUUUUAUUGUCCUGAGCAUAACUUGAAGUUUUUGAGGUAAUGGUUUCAAACUUCAUACACAGAUAAAUGUCGUUGAGUAGAAGGUAGUGCAAAGAUACCAUAACUAUGAGAAACCAUAACUAUGGCUUCAGUAUAUUUUAAGUUAAUGCCCUUUUUUAAAUUAAAUUGUUAUCUUUUAUCGUAAGUCAAAGUUGACACUGUUCUUAAUUCAGCUGGGAAAAUGGCAGUCUGUGACUGCAUUGUAUACUUGACUUUAACUUAUUUCGUUCUUAGUUUUAUUCUUGUCCAUCUUUCACCAUACACAUUAUUCUGCUAUUCAAACAUUUUGUAGCACAGUCACUCUGCCUAUAGCUGAUAUCAAAUUCAUGUUAACAACAAUAUUGAGCUUAUUUUUAUGAGAUACUUCUUUUUAAGCAUAAUAUGCUAUACUAGUAUUUGUGUUGAAAGUUUUAUUUUUAUCAUGAUUGUUCAUCAGUUAAUGAAACAUUCCAGAAGAUUUUAUGUUGACUAUGUUAAUGUUGAUAUUCAUGUAUCCUUACGUUUUGUUUAUUUCACCAUUGGUAAAGUUAUGACAUGAUGCUUAUAGACGCCCUUAAACCUUUGAUUUGUCGCUUCAAGUAAAAUAAGGUUUGCAGUAAAAUAAUGUAAAAAG